AUGGCGUUUAAGAACAAUACGAAUAUCACACUCGAUGGACUUUUAUUGUUUAGAGAUAGUAGUUCGUGUUAUGCAGAAUCACUGGCACUUGCUCUAGUCCACCCAACACAGUCUUUGACUGUGGUGACGAUUCCUGGUAGAGAUAAUCUUUUGAAAAGGCGUUACCCUUCAAUAUGCGAAAGAACCUCUUUCAUGUUCCUCAGCAGCGGGUCUUUUUUGGAGGAAAUACUCAGUAAAAUCAUGUCCUCUUCGCCGUGCGCAUGCUUUGUGGACUGCAUUGACAUUGUUAUUGACAUUGUCGGCGUAGAGAAAACAGUCGCUUUUCUUUUUCAGUUGAAAAAAAAACUUCCCGUAUUGGCAAUAUGUCCCUCCCCAUCUGUGAGUGAAGAAACACUCAAACGGUUCGAAUCAGUAGCGGAUUCAAUAACCACAGUUCAAGCGCGAGAAAGACAAUGCACUGCUGAUACAGCGUCAUAUAAGAGGAGCGGGAAAUGCAAGAAUUUGACUGAAACGUUCUUUAUAAGUGAAGAUCUCAGGAUAUCGAGCGCUAGGUAUACUCCAUCUGCUCAUUACUCGGAGAACUUACGAAAAAACGUCAAAAUAGAAGAAUCACUUGAAAUGGAAUUGGAACUUAGAGAUAAGGAGCAAAUAGCAAAGAAGCAACUUCCCCUACCUUUCACGUCUGCAACAAAACAAUCAGAUCUCGCCAGUCUCCGAAUGGCUGAUCGAAAGGUCCGCGUUGGUGGUCAAAUAAUCUACACCCCCGACAAAGGAGAUGAUUUGGACGACAGCGAUCCCGAUGACGACCUCAACUUGUGA